AUGCGCCUCAACAUCGUCAUUCUCUUCAUGGGCUCGCGCGGCGACCUCCAGCCUUCGCUAGCGGUCGCCAAGCUGCUCCAGCGGCGCCACGGCCACCGCGUGCGCAUCAUGAGUCACCCGCCGUACCGGGACGCCGUCGAGGCUGCGGGCGUCGGGUUCUGCUCGAUCGGCAGGACGGAUAUCAAGACCAUGAUGGAGAGGCGGCUGCUGCCGCGCGAGGAGCUGAAUAAGCUUGUGCCGACGAUCAGGUCUGACUUCCGGGACAUGGGUGAGAGGGGACAGAUUCCUUCAGGCGAUGAAGUCCGUCGUCAACGACGUCCGGGUCAACGUCGCGAGCCUCGAGGUCAUGUCCCCCGCCUGGUGACCGAGCCAGUACAACCGGGUGGGCGUCCCCUGCACGUACCUCUGGUCGCCGCGCCUGCUCCCGAAGCCGACGGACUGGCCUGA